UGGACAUUGACACUGAUUGACACGUUUGUCAGUUGUGCUUUAUCAUCGAUGUCGUAUAUUUAUCCAAAAAUAAUAGCAGGGUGAAUUGGCCGAAAUAGCCGCAGAGUCGUUUAGCUUUUUAUUUGAGACUGUUUAGAUUAAUUUACGGUGGAAACAUGAAAGUAACGCUUAAGAACUUGCAGCAGCAAAGCUUCGUAGUGGAUAUAGAUUCUAAUCAAACAGUUAAGCAGCUCAAACAGAAAAUUGAGGCAGAAAAGGGAGCAGACUAUGCUUCAGAGAACCAAAGACUAAUCUAUGCAGGAAAAAUUCUAACAGACGAAACUGCGUUGUCCGAAUACAACAUUGAUGAGAAAAAAUUUGUGGUUGUGAUGGUAACUAAGGCAAAAACCACAGAGAAAACCGAGUCUGGAGAUGGAACAAAAGCACCUUCGACCAUAGGUACUGCAACCCCAGAAGUGCCAGCUACUCCUCCAGUAACCGCUACUACGCCGGUAACUUCAGCUCCUCCAGCCUCUAGUGUUGCGGAAUCAGCUGCACCAAUUGCUUCCUCUCUUAGUAGCGCUGCCGAAUCAACGCUACUAAUGGGUGAAGAAUAUGAAAAUAUGGUCAAAAAUAUCAUGGAUAUGGGAUAUGCUCGAGAUCAGGUCGAAUCGGCGCUCAGAGCUAGUUUUAACAAUCCUGACCGAGCUGUUGAAUAUUUGAUUACUGGAAUUCCUCAAAUAUUCGAAGCUGAGGUGAACGAGACCACGGACAUGUCUGGAGUGGAUCAAAGCCAGUCUGACGCCGAAGAUCCGCUGGCGUUUCUCAGAACCCAGUCGCAGUUCCAGCAAAUGCGGCAAGUGAUUCAGCAAAACCCCCAGCUGCUUAACGCUGUUUUACAACAGAUUGGGCAGACCAAUCCGGCCUUAUUACGACUGAUCUCCGAAAACCAGGAGUCUUUUGUGAGGAUGUUGAAUGAGCCGGCUCCAGGAGCGGCGUCCUCCAACUCAGUUCCGGUUGGAUCAACGCAGCCAGCCGAAAGCGUUGCAACCCCCGCAGUAGGCAGUGGCGGGGGCGGCGGCGGUGUCGGAAUUCAGAUUACUCCGCAAGAUAAAGACGCAAUUGAUCGAUUGAAAGCACUUGGUUUCCCUGAGCAGUUGGUUAUACAGGCUUAUUUUGCCUGCGAGAAAAACGAAAACCUAGCAGCGAAUUUUCUUCUUUCGCAAAAUUUCGACGAAUAAACUUUGACACUUUCGCCUCUAGUCUUCUCCACGGAACACUGGAUUUUAACCCCCCAUCUCCUUGUCACCACGUACAGUUGUUCCUUUUUAUAAAUACCUAAGAUUGGAUAACAAAUAGGGCCGACUAUUAUAAUGUUACAGGUUUUCACACCGCACUACUAUAUGCCUACCUUGUAAAUAACCUGUUCCAAACAGCUACCAGCUUUUUCUCAAACAAGCUAUAUCAAAAUUGGGUUUGUCUUUGUAAUAUAGUUCUUAUAAAUAUCUGCGUUAAUAUACUGGUUUGAUAUAGCGGUUAGUCGUAUCUAAACUGUCCCUUAGUGUGUAAAGCUUAAAUUCUGUAGCCAUUGUGCAGGCUUCUUCGAUUAAAUAUGCAGGGGGCUCCACUUGAAAUAAAACAAAUGAAAAUAUU